AUCACGCACACCCAUAUCUUGUCUAUCAACAAUCCUUAAACGAAGAAGGUUUCUUGCAAGAAGAAGGAAAUUCAUGUCAAAAAACAUGGAAGCGAAGUACAAGUAGUGUUCUGCCGUCGGAAAAUAUUGGUUUUCAGUCCCAAAACUGCACUGAAAGUGAACUCCAGCUGUCGGAAUUGGUGCCAACAAAGAUGGAACGGUUUGCGAUCAACAUUUUGCACAAGCAGAUAUACAAAAUAUGUCGUUUGUGCGGUGUGGAUAAUCCGGUGAAGUUUCCCAUCAUCGAUGAAAACGAGACCGUCAUAGUCGGCGACGACGAUGAAGCGACGCUAGUAAGAAAAAUCGAGGAAUGUGUUGGUAUACAGGUCUGCAAAGAUGACAGAAUGCCGCAGAAUAUUUGUUCUCUGUGUGUGGAUAAGAUCAAUGACUUCUUCGAGUAUCGAUUGAUGUGCGCAGCGACAAAUCUGCAAACCAGAACCAUUUUGAACCUGCCCUUGGUAGACCCGACACGGAAGCUAAUUCCUCCUAUUGGUGACGGGACGAAGUUGGAAGUGAAGGAUGUCAAAACGGAUGUAAAAAAAGUUGUCGAGGCGGCCAGUACCAGUGGCGUUAGCAGUACUAGUUCGACCAAAAAAGGUAAAAAAAGGCGAGCCUCUCCAUCCCCAUCACCAUCACCAGCACCUACCACCAGAGUCAAAGCCGCAGUCGAUAUCGUUAAGGAUGAACCUGUACCCACGACACCUGUGAAAGCACUUACGAAAAAAGAACGACUGAAGCAAUUACAACAACAACAGAAGGAAAAGGAAGAAAGGAAGCUAAAAGAUGAUAAGAAAAAACUAAAAGAGGAUGAUAAGAAAAAAAUUAAGGAGGACGACAAGAAAAAAAUAAAAGAGGAUGAUAAGAAAAAGGUAAAAGAAGAGGAUAAGAAAAAAGUAAAGGAAGACGAUAAGAAAAAAGUCAAAGAUGAAGACAAGAAAAAAAUCAAAGAUGAGGACAAGAAGAAAAUUAAGGAUGAAGACAAGAAGAAGAUUAAAGACGAAGACAAAAAGAAAAAAGAGAUUCCAGUGGAAAUUUCAUCUGAGCUGAAGCACACAAGAUCGAAGCGUAAAGAAUCAACACCACCUAAGGAAGUAAGUGAUGUUGAACUGAGUGUGCCUGCACCGAAAAAGAUCAAAUUUGAGCAUCCUUGCUCUUACUGCUCAGAUGAGUUCAAGACACAGACUGAGUUAGAUGGUCAUUUAAUCUCUAAACAUACUCCAUUGGUUCGCAAGUUUGGCUGUGGUUCAUGUCGUGAAAAUUUCGAUUCUGUCCUUGAAUUUAAGGAUCACAAUUUGUGGCAUCAGUUAACUCGUACUUUGUACACAUGCUUUAAGUGCAAACGGAAAUACGACAAAAAUGCUGCCCUUGUUAAGCACGUCUCUCUCAAUGCCUGCGGUCGAGUAUCCAGAGGACGGCCUCCAGCUAUAAAACCGGAUGUUCAGUGCCGUUUGUGUAACAAGAAGUUCAAGACUCAGAAUUUGUACGAAUGGCAUAGCUGUUUCCUGAAACCGAAAGCCAACUGUCCAAAAUGCAAUAAGUUCUUCGUAAAGAAGCCUGUUCUCACUAGGCACUACAUGAUGUUUUGCACUGGAAGUCUCCCACCACCGGAACCGGUAAUUAUUCCAAAAGAGGAACCAGUUGACUCUACUGAUAAGAAAAUGAUUGGGUCUUCUGGAGCGGCUCCUAACAGUGCAGAAAGAAGAACUCGUCGUUCCGUUCCUGCAGAACCGGAGUUACCGAAGGAAGAACGUGAAAUUCCGUUCCCCCCUCCUUUAGAGCUGGCACAAGAAGUUGCCACAUCUCCAUCUGGCAGCAAAAAGAAAACAUUACGUUUCAAAGAGACCGUUGAAGUAGUCACACCAACACUGGAAACAGCGAAAAUCACUUCACUGCUUGAUUCCGGUGCAAAAUUAGGCCGAGAUACAGAUAUUGCCACAAUCAACAAUUUACUUAGCUCUGUGACUGAGGCAAUAGCUAGUCUUUCGGAAGCUAAAGCCAAAAAGAAGAAGAAAAGGAAAGAUAAAAACAAGGAGAAGGAGCGAACGGACGACAACCCACCUGCAGGGACUCCUCUCGUAGAAACUCCCGUAGUAACUACCCCCGUAGAAACUGCUCUCACAGAAACUCCUCCUGUAGGAACUCCUUCGCCAGUUGACGAUAGCACGGUAGCAAUUGCUAUGGAAGUAGGUGAGAUGUCUUUAGAUCAACAGUUGGCAUUCUGUUCUGAUAAGCUACCAAUGGUAGUGUUGGCAAAGACACAAUUCAAACAAGAGUGUACGGAGAUCGACAUGGAACCUUCGCAGCUGCAGGAGCCGAUGGAUGAGGACGACGUUGAAACAAAUGAUUUUGAAGAUACUGCGAAUGAUUUUGCAGAUUUUCAGAGUGAUGACGAAGAUGCAGAGGAACAGGAAGAUGAAAGUGGGCAGCAAGAGAAGGAGCCACAAGUGGAAAAGUCUCCUUCACAUGAAUCAACUGCCGAGGAAGAAGAAUCUCCAUUUCCAAUGCCUAUCAAGCAAGAACCAGAUAUUGAAUCGCAAAAUGAAGAUGAAGAGAAAGAAGAAGGAGAAGAAGAAAAAGAUGGGGAAGAGGAAGAACAUCCUCCUGCAGAUGCGUCAUCACCAAAUGCUUCUGUUUUACCGGCAGUGGCUUCUGUUACAAUAGAAAAAGAACCUCAUUUUGAUGUACGGUUUGCUAUAAACAUUAAGAAGGAGCCUGGCUUGGAAGAGGAAUCUGAGCCACCGCCGGCCAAACGGAAACGACCCGAGUCACGCUCAUGUGCUGAGACAUCAAUAUCAACUAAAAUCGUUGAUGAAUUACCUAGACCGCUAAUUAUUACAAUUAAAAAAGAAAAGGGGCUGCUCAAUGCUUCUGUAGCGCCGACAGCGGAAAUCAGAACGAUUGUUUUGGAUGACGAGGACGAUGAUGAUGAGCUAUCAGCUAAUCCAGUUCAAACAAAGGGCAGAAAAAGAGUAUACAAGAAGCCUAAUUUUCUGGCCGUUAAAAUCAAACAAGAAAAAAUUGACCCGACAUAUGACCAACAGGAAAAGCUUGGACCAGAAAUAUGUGAUCUUCCAGGCAAUAUUCAAAUCAAGCAAGAGCCGGUUGAUGACAGUCUUCCUCGGGUUUCCAAGGCAUCUGAGAAAGGAUCAGAAGGGCAACUGCCGGUGGAACAAGCGGGAGACAAGAAUAGCCCAUCAAGCGAAAAAUCAGCAUCCCCUAUAAUCGCAUUUGAUGGCGUUCGCAUUAAACAGGAAAAACAAGAUACUACAGCUCAAGCAUCACUAACACCGGAGCUAACACCAGUGCAGGAUCCAAAACCGGUGGAAAGGAAGAAAAAAUCUAAGGUUAAAAUAAAUCCAUUUGCGCUACUCAAGCAGAGAAUGGCGGCAGAGGCAGCUGCAAAAAGCCUACAAGGGCCAGAAACACCGGUUAAGGCAACUCAGGCAUCGUCCCCACUUCCAGUCAUUACAAAUGUCGUAGGUAAUGCUCCUGCUGCGUCUAGGUCGUCUUCACUGACAAGCUCGUCCGGCCGAAACACGCCCAUUUCUGAAGUCGAGGUACAGCAACGAGUAACCGUACCAAGUAUUACACCAGUCAUUUCGAAAGCCACCACUAGCGAGGCAGAUUUCCCAAUGCCAAUCAAACGAGAAAUCAUAGAUGAAAUAACGGAAGAUCAAACCGGUUCAAAUGAAGGCGAACAAGCAGAGCUCGAUGAUGAUUUUCCAAUGCCAAUUAAGGAAGAGGUAUCCGACACUAUUCCUGAAGAUAAUCCGGACGAUGUCGAAGAACCGGACUUUCCUAUGCCAAUCAAGGAAGAAUUGGAAGAAUCAGAGAUAGAUGACGGUCAGGUCAAUAAUGAAACAGAAGGCAAUUUGUCGAGAGAAGAAGAUUCCGAUCAUGAGCCGUGUGACAAACCGAAUGACGGCGAGCUUCAGAGUGAAGAGGAUGAACAAUCGAAGGUAGAAGAGUCCGACAACGAGAAAACCGACAAAUCCAAGGAAGAUGAUGUACAGAGUGAGGAAGAUGACGCGAUGCAGGAGGAGAUUCCUGAAAAUGGAGAAGCAGACUUGCAGGAAAAAGUUGAGAAAAGUGACGAGUCAAAUGAUGAUGAGCUACAGAGUGAAGAGAUGUCAGAAAAUGGGAAAACUGAAAAAUCAAAUGAAGAUGAUCUACAGAGUGACGAGGAUGACGCGAUGCAGGAGGAAAUGCCUGGUUCGCAGAAAAAAGAGCUGCAGAUAAAAGACGAAUCCCAUUCCUGUGAUCUACAGAGUGAGGAGGAUGACGUGUCGAAAGUAGAAGAACCAGAAAAUGGGAAUGACGAAAAACUAAAGGAAGAUGAUUUAGAGACUGACGGGGGUAACGCCAUGCAGGAGGAAAUGCCUGAAAAUGAAGAGGUUGAUUUGAUGGAGCAAAAGAAGUCCCUAAAAGAGGAGAGUGACAAGUCGAAUGAAAGAGCAGAUCUACAAAAGGAAGAGGAUGAAUUGGCGAAGGCAGAAGAGUCGGAGGAUGAGAAAUCCGAAAAUUCAAAUGAUCAAGAGCUAGAGAAUGAAGAAAACGACGCGUCGCAGGAAAAGGUGUCUGAAGAUGAAGAAGAGGAUUCGAUGAAGGAAAAUGACCCACAAGCGAAUAAGACUGACAAGUCGAAUCCGAAUGAUGAAUUGAGGAGUGAGGAUGGUGACUCAAUGGAAAGUGAAAAGUCAGUGAAUGCAAAAGAAGAUCAUCCAGUAGAUCAGGACGAAUGUGUUGCCAUAGACUAUGCGACGAGCAGUGGCAUGGUGGAUGAAGAGAAGGGUAAAUUAUCAGAUGAGAAGCCCACAAAUGAUGAAGAUAUAGAGAUGAAAGAUGAUUCUAGUAAUAGCACGGACAAUGAAGAAGACGAUUGCGUGCAAGAAAAUAAUCAAAGAGAGAUGUUGAGGACAGAAGAAGCGGAUGAUCUGCAGGAAUUCUUAGCAGCAGUAGACAAGUCAAAUCAAAAGGAACAGCUCAGUGAUGAACAAGAGAACUCUACAUCGUCUAUUUCUGAUAUCCCUAUGGAGGAAUACGAACAGGUUUCGCACAAACCUUUCAGUGAUUGUAACACGGAGGUUGCUGAGACCAAAAGAAAUUCUGAUCUAUUUUCUCCUAGUUGUGCAAAUCAAGUAGUUAAAAGCAGUGAAGUGGUAUCAGAAUUUAUUAGUGCGCAACUUGACGUUCUACAGCGAGUAGCAGAGUCUACGGCUGACCACCACCCAGUAGCUGGGUCAUCUGUGGAUGUGGGCAACACACAAGAUGACGUUUUAGAAACAGUAUCUCUUUCACCAAUUAGCCCUUCGCCGAAACAACGAACGCCAUCACAAUCUGAUUUCGAUGAGUUACAAAAUCUGCUUACAGAAGGGUUGAAACCUUCAGACAUCUCUAGUUCAGUGAAUCCAGAUGCGGUUGUUUCUUCCUCAUCUACCAGUGCGUUGGCAUCCGAUGCUAACGGGGCCAGUGUCACUGGCUUGGAUGACCUGGACAGUCUACUGAAUAAUAAGUUAGAAGAAAUCUCCGAUCAGCUAAAGAGUCUGCCACCCUCCGCUGAAACCACUACAACUGCCACACAAAAUGAGGACAUCAGUUUGGCGUUUGAACGUGAAUUGUUGCAUGAGAUGAUGCCACAAAUUGGUAAUCAGAAUAGCGAUGCAUUGCGGACAGAAAUGAAUCCUAUGCCGACUAAUAGUAGUAGCGUUAGCGAUAAUGGUAUAUUAUAUGUAGACCCGAAUCCGUUAGUAGAUGGAAGUACUGGUGCACAAUCGUAAGAGUUCGAAACCCUUCAAUUUUGAUGUAUUAAAAACAGGAUCAUACAUUGCGAUAGUACUGAAACUCAAAGUUUAAUAUUUUCAGAUUUACCUAACCGUAGUAGAGCUUGUAUUUUAUUAUUUUUGAUAU